AUGCCGGUGAUAGCGCUAUGUGUGAUGGUGUUAGCGGCGCUGGUCUCAACACAAAUCACGUUCAGCCGCGACUGGAGUGGCGGGAAACGUGCGGCUGCGGCUCCUCAGCUGGCUGUUGACUGCGAGCAGUUCGCUAGGCUCUGCCGGCAUUUCAUACACGAGCUAAAGUCAUCGAUGGCUGGCGAAGUGGCAGGGGCAUCCGGUAAGCACCGGCGAACCAGUGGCGAAACGCCCUCCUUAUACGACGAUGAGUAACACCAUAACAAUAUGACUUUCUGAAUAGGCUGCAAUACAAACCCUCUGUUCAUAAAUCAUGUUAAUGAAUAAUCCAUAAUAAUUUUCAGAAUAUUUUUUUACGCUUCAAGGCUGUUUUUUGUAGUAUAAUUUUGUUUUGUUAUUCGAUCAAGUUUUUAUUCUUUACUUUAUUUUGGUACAGUCAGUAUUUAAGUUAGUUAGCUUCUAUGUGUCCUUAGGCUACAGAGAAAAUAUAUAAA